GUUAAUGAGAGCCAAAGUCAAUCGCUGGACGCGACGGCACCCUCGGGGUCGACCCAAUGCACGGGUAUAGGCAUGAAGUUCAACGACGCCACUGUCAUCGUGUCGGUCGUCAUACUGGGACUCAUUAAUAUGAUUGUGAUCGCCGGCAAUAUCCUGGUCAUCGUCAGCGUGUUUACCUCAGCAAAGCUGAGAACUGUGACCAACUUUUUCAUCGUAUCGCUGGCUGUGGCUGACCUACUCGUCGGUAUCGCUGUUAUACCUUAUUCUCUAUCCUUAGAGAAAUAA